AUGUCUUUGAUAUUUUUAAGAGUUUUAUGGAUCCUAAUUCUACUCAUAUUUUCAAAUUUUGUGAACGCCCUUUGGCCACUACCACAAAAUUGGACAAAUGGCACUUCACUUCUCCGUGUUUAUCCUAGCCUCGCUAUUAAUUAUGAUCCAAGAUUCUUAAAUUCAUAUACGGAUCAAUUAAUAGAAACAGCCAAGCAUCGGUUGCAAACAUUUUUGAAAGAUGAAAAACAUCUUUCGCCUAAUGUUAAAUUCCAAAUUCCCGAGGAUGAAGGAAUUAAUUCAAUAUUAACAUUAUCGAGCAUCCAGAUUGAAAUAACUAAUAAUAACAAAAGAGAUCAGGAUGAUUUAGAGAUAGUUAUUGAUUGGACUUAUAAUAAUGAGAUGAGGGAAGGAAUUCCGUUGGGAACAGAUGAAUCAUAUGAAUUAAUAAUACCCGAUAAGAAAGAAGAUGAUAAAACAGAACUAAUGGCACAUUUGAAGGCACCGACAGUUUAUGGAAUUUUACAUGGUCUUAACACAUUUUCACAAUUAUUAUAUUACAACCGAUCAGAGGACAAUUCAGGAUUAUUUCUUCCAUUUGCACCUCAUCAUAUAAUUGACUUUCCAAAAUUCAUGCACCGUGGUCUCUUACUCGAUACUUCACGGAACUUUUAUCCAAUUAAAGAAAUUCUUAAAAUUUUAGAUGUAAUGAGUUGGAAUAAAAUGAACGUGUUUCAUUGGCAUAUUGUGGAUGCUACUAGUUGGCCAGUGGUUAGCGAAAAGUACCCAGAGUUAAGUGAGAAAGGAGCAUAUGACUCUAAGAAAAUGAUUUAUACAAAACGAGAUAUCAGGAUUGUUGAUGAAUAUGCUAGAGCGAGGGGGAUCAGGGUUAUACCAGAGUUUGAUAUGCCGGGACAUACACAUGCUAUAGCCGCAAGCAUGCCAGAAAUUAUGACAUGUAUAGAUAUGUAUCCGGAUUGGGAUCAGUAUUCUAGUGAACCACCAAGUGGCCAAUUAAACCCAGCUAUACCCGAAACCUAUACUUUUCUUAAUGAAUUGAUUCCUGAGAUAGCAUCUUAUUUUACUGACAAAUUCUAUCACGCGGGUGGUGACGAAGUAAACUUGAACUGUUGGGAAUCACUUGUUCAACAGAAUGAACAUACCAAAGAAUCCUUGUUAGAUAAAUUUGUGACCAGUCUCUAUUCAAUAAUUACAAAGGAAGGGAAAACACCAAUAACGUGGCAAGAAAUGGUAACGGAGCAUAAUUUAGAGUUGCCGAAGGAUACUGUGGUCCAGGUAUGGAGAAAUAGUACAAUGGUGAAGAAGGUAGUGGAGAAAGGGUAUAGAGUUGUGACUGGCAGUGGAGAUUACUGGUAUUUGGAUUGUGGAUACGGUGGAUGGUAUGGCAAUGAUGUUGAGGGGAAGAUAUAUUCGUAUAAUCCUAUAGAAGGGUUAUCGGAUGAAGAAGCCAAAUUUGUUAUCGGAGUGUUGUGA